GUUAUCCAAUAAAAUCUGGCUAACAAAACCCAAAAAAAACAAAAAAAAAUAGUUGAGGAAUAAAAAAAAAAAGAAAAGUGAAUAUAAUAAGAAGAGAGGAAGCAAAGAGAAGUAGCGUCCUCUCUUCAAUUUCAACCGGCACUUUCUUCUCUUCUUCUUCUUCUUCUUCUUCUUCCCAAUCUUAUUCGUCUCUUUACCUACACCUAUAUAUAUAAUAUCUCUCCUUCCCUCACACACAAACCUGCACAGCUGCAAUAAUCUACUUCCCCUUUUUUAACAACGAAUCGGAAGAUUCAAGCGAGAAAUCGAUUUGGUUGUCUCUGUUUUUUUUUUUUUUUUUUGUUUGGGAAAUUGGUGAUUGAUUGGAUGGUGAGAAGGCAAGAGGAGAAGAAGGUGGAGAAGGGAAUGCGUCUGGGUAAAUACGAGCUUGGUAGGACGCUCGGCGAGGGUAAUUUCGGUAAAGUAAAAUUCGCUAAAGAUACCGUCUCCGGUCAAUCCGUCGCUGUUAAAAUUAUCGACAAGUCUCGUAUCGCCGAUCUCAACUUCUCCUUACAGAUCAAAAGAGAGAUCCGGACUCUGAAAAUGUUGAAACAUCCCCACAUUGUUAGAUUACAUGAGGUAUUGGCUAGCAAAACGAAAAUUAAUAUGGUAAUGGAACUUGUUACCGGAGGAGAAUUGUUCGACAGAAUUGUUUCCAACGGAAAAUUAACAGAAACUGAUGGAAGAAAAAUGUUUCAGCAGCUGAUCGAUGGAAUCAGCUACUGUCACAGCAAAGGUGUUUUCCACCGGGAUCUCAAGCUAGAGAAUGUUCUUCUUGAUGCGAAGGGACAUAUAAAGAUCACUGAUUUUGGCCUCAGUGCUCUGCCUCAGCAUUUUAGGGAUGACGGAUUGUUGCAUACAACCUGUGGAAGUCCUAAUUACGUCGCGCCCGAGGUUUUAGCCAACAGAGGUUACGAUGGUGCAGCAUCAGAUAUAUGGUCGUGUGGUGUAAUCUUGUAUGUGAUUCUAACCGGAUGUCUUCCUUUUGACGAUAGAAACCUUGCAGUUCUUUACCAGAAGAUAUGCAAAGGAGACCCACCAAUACCAAGAUGGUUAUCACCAGGUGCAAGAACCAUGAUUAAGAGAAUGCUUGAUCCAAAUCCAGUCACCAGGAUCACAGUCGUGGGUAUUAAAGCCAGCGAGUGGUUCAAACACGAGUAUGUUCCUUCAUCUCCCGAUGAUGAUGACGAAGAAGAAGUUGACACAGACGAUGAUGCUUUCUCAAUCCAAGAGCUCGGAUCAGAAGAAGGGAAGGGCAGUGAUUCACCGACCAUAAUCAAUGCGUUUCAGUUAAUUGGAAUGUCUUCCUUUCUUGACCUGUCAGGUUUCUUUGAACAAGAGAAUGUAUCAGAGAGGAGAAUAAGAUUCACGUCAAAUAGCUCCGCAAAAGAUUUACUGGAGAAAAUCGAAACAGCCGUUACAGAAAUGGGAUUCAGUGUACAAAAGAAACAUGCCAAGUUAAAAGUAAAACAAGAAGAAAGAAACCAGAAAGGUCAAGUUGGUUUAUCAGUAACAGCUGAGGUUUUCGAGAUAAAGCCGUCACUGAACGUGGUUGAGCUAAGAAAAUCUUAUGGCGAUUCAUGUUUAUAUAGACAGUUGUACGAGAGACUAUUAAAAGACGUGGGCACAUCCUCGCCGGAGCAAGAGAUAGUAUCCUAGCUAGUAACAUAGGUGUUGGUGUUUUCGGCUGAAAGAGAUAUACAUAGCUCUAAUAUUUUAUCAUAUGGUACACACCAUCCAUGUUCAUAAUUUAUCAUCAUCAGUAUAUAUAAAAGGAGCUCGAUUUAUAUGAUUAGUGCAAAUAAUUGCAUUAAUUAUAUCUAUAAACCGUGGCGUAGUUCUUAUCUCACUACCUAUGUAUUUGCUCUUUAUUUGGUGUGGUAAAUCGGCUAUUAGCCAAAAAAUCCCAAGAAAAUCUCUUCAUUCUUUUUGUAAAUAAUAUACAUAGUAUGUUUAGUUUGUAUUUGUACAUAAUUUAAUUUCAAAUGCGAUACACAUAUAAAUUUGUAAUAUUAA